CUUUGAGAAAGGCAUAAGUCUUCAGAGUGACAGAAAUAUAAUUAAUCAGAAAAUGCUUGAUAUAUUUUUAGGUUAAAGGUAUUUUCACUUGCAGGUUUUUUCUUAAGCAAUAUACUGUUGGGAAAAUCAUCUCAUGAAAAUGGCUUUGUCACUGGAGCAGUUUACCUCUUCAUUGGAUUCCAAAACUCUUCCCAGGAUAAUACAGAUUCAGUCAGGGAUCUAUUUUCAAGGUUCUAUCUAUGAGAUGUUUGGGAAUGAAUGCUGUCUUCCUACUGGUGAGGUUAUAAAGAUUAUAAGCAUUAAAAUCUCAAAAGUGUCUGCAGAAAUUCACAAUGAAGAUGAAGACAAGACAUGUUUUGAUUUGCCACUAGACUUUCCAGGUCUUUUCAGGAUUGUGGCAGAUAGAAAGCCCUACAUCACCCUGGGUGAGAUUGCAAUGACUUUUGAGAUAUGCCCCAGCAGAGUGAACCAAAUCAAAAUCACAAGUGCAAAUGUGAUCCAAGUGAACGAUGAGGUGAUCCAACGCGAUGAGAGCAUCAUAUUGUCUUCCUUAGCGGAGGAAGGCAGUGAGCAGCUGGUGAACUGUGAAGUUAUCCGGAAAGACAAAAAGCUCGCCUUUACACUACCUCUGUCCUUCAAAGGAGAAUUUUAUGAAUGUGAAGACGACCAGUUCUAUACACUUGCUGAGAUAAUAGAGUGGAAGAUGCCAAAGGGUCGAAAGCGAACAGUGAACAUGGCAAAGACGACUGCAGUCCAAGAAUAUUUUUUCAAUUACUUGCCUGAGAAUUUCAAAGGUGAAUUAGACCUUGCGCCCGUAUACGAACUGCAAGCAGUAAUGAAGUUUCGCAAGGACAUUGUGCACAUACCAUCCACUCUUGAUGUUGAAGUGAUAGAUGUGACUGAUAAGUAUGACAUGAACUCGUUUGUGCAGCCUUUGUCACUACAUGACAUAUUUAGUCGACAUCAUGAGGACUUCCCUAUUGUGGCUGAAAUUAUUGAAGGCCCUGAGCAAACUCAAGAAUCUUUCAAGUUCCUGAAGUCCUGCAAGGAGAUCAUAAUAUACAAAGCAUUUGAAGCUAAGAGAAUCCUGGCAUCAGAGAUAAGAAGUGACUCCCAAAAGUAUUUUUUAAUUCCGACUUCUUAUAAUGGCAAGUUCAAAAGAAGGCCCCGUGAGUUUCCAACGGCAUAUGACUUGGAAAUUGCCAAGAGCAACAAAGAACAAUUGCAUGUGGUUGCAACUAAAGAAUUUGGUUCUCACUAUGAAGGCCUUCAGACAGUUUCAAUUGGAGACCAGUUUCUUGUCCAACAUCGAGAAACAAGUGAGAUUAUCUAUGGUGGAACUCGAAAAAUGGUGGAAGCAUUGGCUUGCGAGAAGAUUAAAAAAGAUGGUUAUGAGUCUGUAUUAAUACCCAUGUGUAUGGAAGGAGGAUUUGUGGAAGUGAUACAUGACAAGAAACAGUAUCAAAUAUCUGAAAUCUCUCAAAAAUUCCAGUUGCCUUUCAAUGUUAAAGUAUCUGUUAGAGACUUAUCAAUCGAGACAGAUGUUUUAGCUGCCAUGCCUGGCCUUCAUUUAGAAGAAGAAAUUACUGGUUCUUAUCUUCUUGUGGCUCCACUUCACAGCCAGGCGGAAAGCUAUGAAAUUCCAGUCAAUCGUAUUAAAGUGUCUUUGCAGCUGCUCUUCAGACCUGACAAGGAAAACGAGAUUCCUCCAGUUAAAACAAUAGUGGAACAGAUCAGCGAGGACUGCUACUACACUUUACGCCGAUACGUAAAUGCUACACUGAUCCCACCUCCCCGGCCACCAAAGAAGCCCCUGGAACAAUCAACAUCAUCAUUGCAACCAGGCCAACCAAACAAACCUGAAACAAGCAGCACGCCUAAGAGUCCACAGUUAAACGUUCCUAAGAUGAAGCAUGCUCAGUCUGCAUCUCCAGAUCUCAAAAAUUUCUUGCCUGAAAAAGAAAUCAAGAGGAAUCUCCUGGUUGAAAGUGCAAAGAGUGUGGAAAAAGCUGCAAACUCAAUGAAUGAAACAAAAGAUGAACAUGACUACGAAUAUAUUGACCAGGAAGAAGUGGAAGGCAUUAGGAAAAAAAUGCAAGGAAUAAUUGGAGAAGCAAAGCCCAAAUACAUAACAAAUGAAGGCAACCAGUAUGAAUAAUGUCUAAUGUAAAAUUGCAAGUCGAAAUUCUAUCAUUCAUUAAUGUCAAUUUAGACUUUCUUUUAUGUUUUUUUGAAAUUUGUUUCAGUAAAUGAGGAUUUUGUCAGGUCUUUCAUAAAGUAUAAAUGGAGCACCUACAUUUGUUAGGUGUCACUUUACUAAUUGGUAUGAAAUGUAAUUCUCUAGAGGUUAAAUAUACUAUUUAGCUAUUUCAUUACACUUAUUUUUUCUGGAUAGAAUAAUUGGCUCGGCUUGACAAGCCAAGACAAAAUGUAGCAACAAAGCAAUUUAUGCUUCUAUUACCAUUACCACUGUAGAGAAUCAAAGCUGUUAUGCCAUUGACCUCACAUAAUUGUAUGAAUCCAUUUCCGACUUUGCAACUGAAGACUGGUUUUCAGGUACUGCACUCCUGAGAUUAUGUAAUUUUUUUUGUUCUUUUUUUUUUUUUCUAUCUGAGAUAGUAAUUUCUUUAAAACUAUGUCUUCUUUCCAUCUGUAAUUUGAAUCCUAUACAGCUCACAGUUCUCAUGAGUAUUGCUCGCAACUGAGCAGAAAAUGUCCUUUUUCAUUUUAAAUGACUAAUUUGCAAUUGUCUUCAUGAUAUUUGUAGCUUUUUUCAGUUAAACUGAUCUGGCUGCUCUUCUGCCAUGAUUUAUGAGUUGGUAAUGUGUGUGUUUAUUUAUCAGUCUAUUUUCUAUCAUCGCAUGUGUUAUUUAUUUUAAGUUCAGAGAAAGCACACCACUUCUGUGUUUAUUAGUUUUUGUUGAAUGAGAUGGGUCACUAGGUAAGACAAAUCUAUUCACUGAAAGAGUUAGCUAUUUAAAUAAGACAUAUGGAUUCUCCAGCACUGCUAUGCCCUUUAUUAAAGUUAUAUUUUGCUCAGAUGCUAAAAAGAACUGUCAUAUUAACAAAGAUUCUGUGUGACAUGCUGUAUAUAUAUCUUUAUUUGUAAGCCCCAGUGGCUCAUACCUUCUUCUUUUGAGAACAGAUUUAUGUUGUGGUCUUUACUUGCAAACUUUUAGUAAGGAAACUUUUUAUUUUUUUUUUUACAUUACUUAAAUAGCAACAAAUGAAAAUUCUUUAUUAUCCAGUAGACCAGUGACAUCCAGAUCAAGGCCAUAUUAAACAUAAUACUGAGGUUUUUUUCCAACAGUAUUAUUUUGCUUAACUCCAAAAUUUGAUCUGCCAAGUAUCACCCAUAGAAAUUUGUCCCACUUAAAUCAGACCAAAUGCAAAAUUAUAUGUUUAAUAAACUAGUGUUUUCUUCUCAGUCUUAUCUCUGUACAUGUGUUACGUACACAUAUGCAACCUGAGGACUGCUCAGGAAAAAAAAAAUCUAAAUAAAAUAAACAUUCAGAUAAAAUAAAACACACAUAUUUCUCAUA